AUGCUCAACAUUGAAAUGCAGAAUUAUUUUAAAAAAUUGGUUAAAAAAAAUAUUCAAUUCCCAUCCAACACAUUACAUUUCACUCUUUCCAAAGGAGUCUAUAUUUUAAACAGUAUAAAACCAAGUUGCAAAACUUUUUUCAAUUACUCAACCGACAACAAAAUGUCUAAAUACGUCCCUCCACAUUUGAGACAAAAGAUGCUCCAAGAAGCGGAGGCUGUUCAUUCCAAGCCUUCAACUAACGGUACUGAAUCAUCAGCUUCCAAUGGACACUCUCAAAGACCAUUCUCAUCCAACAGCAACGGAACACAAAGAACAACUAGCAGCGCAUCAUCAUCACAUUCUAAUGGUUAUUCUUCAUCACAACAAAGAAGACCAUUCAACAAUAGUAACGCUAGCAAUGGUGAUAGCAAACCAGCUUUCAAUAGUAGAGUAGCUGUUGAUUGGACCAAAGAUGAUGGUGAUUAUCAAGAUAACUCCUCAUCAUCAUACAGAAGAUAUGAUAGACAGUCAUCAUCACGAGAUGACAGAAAGCCUUUAUUUGAACGCAAAGACGUCUACACUAGAGAAGACACCGAAACCGAAGAACUUUUCAAACAGAAAAACACCGGUAUUAACUUUGAUGCCUAUGAAGACAUUCCAGUCAAAGUAACUGGUAAGGACAUUGUUCCUCCCAUUCAAGCCUUCAAGGAAGCUAAUUUUCCUCUUAAAUUGGUUCAAAAUAUUGAAAAGGCUGGAUUCGGAAAGCCAACUCCUGUACAAAAACACAGUAUUCCUAUCGUAAUGUCUGGUAGAGAUUUGAUGUCUUGCGCACAAACAGGUUCUGGUAAAACUUGUGCUUUCCUUUUCCCUAUCAUUUCAAACUUGUUAGGACAACAACAAUAUGAAACCGUUACUCAACAUCCAGAACUCAUGGAUCAAGUUAUGACUUAUCCUUGUGUUUUGAUUUUGGCUCCAACUCGUGAAUUGUCCACCCAAAUCUAUGAUGAAGCUAGAAAAUUCACUUAUCGUACAGGUAGAAGAACUGUUGUAGCUUAUGGUGGUGCUGCUAUCCAAUAUCAACUUAAACAAUUAGAAAGAGGUUGUGACAUCCUUGUUGCAACUCCAGGUAGAUUGGUUGACCUCAUUGAUAGAGGAUCAGUUUCUCUUUCCAAGAUCCAAUACUUGGUUUUGGACGAAGCAGAUAGAAUGUUAGACAUGGGUUUCGAACCUCAAAUUCGUUAUAUUGUUGAAAAAACUGGAAUGCCACCAGCAGGUGACAGAAUUACUCUCAUGUUCAGCGCUACUUUCCCAAAGAAUAUCCAAAUCUUGGCAAAGGAUUUCUUGCAUGACUACUUGUACUUGACUGUUGGUAGAGUCGGUAGUACUCACGAGAAUAUUUUACAAAAAUUCGUUUAUUGUAAAGACGAAGAAAAGCGUGAAUUGUUACUUGAAACAAUUGCUUCUGUAGAGACUCUCACUCUUGUCUUUGUAAAGACUAAGAAGGAAGCAAGCAUUUUAGAAUACUUUUUAAUGAAGAGUGGCUUCAAAUCCUCUUCAAUUCAUGGUGACAAGUCACAAAGAGAAAGAGAAACAGCCCUUGACAACUUUAGAAGAGGUGUCACCCCAAUUUUGGUUGCAACAGAUGUUGCCAGUAGAGGUUUGGAUAUCAACGACGUUGGACAUGUCAUCAAUUAUGAUCUUCCAGAAAAUAUUGAAGAUUAUGUUCAUCGUAUUGGUAGAACUGGUCGUGCAGGUAAUACUGGUAUCAGCACUUCAUUCUAUACUGACAAGAAUAACCAAAUUGCAGACGAUCUUAUCACACUCUUGCAAGAAGCUAAACAAGAAGUUCCUUCGUUCAUUUCCGAAGGAAGAGAUAGGCUCAGAUAUUCCAAGAUGGGUAAAUCUGGCUUUGGCAACAGAGGCGGUAGCUUCUUUGGCAACAAUAGAGGUGGUGGUUUUGGUAAUUCCAGAGGUAGAGGCAACAGCAGAGGGGGUGGUUUUGGAAACUCUAGAGGUAAUGGAUUUGGUGGUAGCAGAGGUUUCUUUGGAUCCUCUGAUGCAAGAAGAAACUACCAUUCCAAUGACGAUUACGGAGAUGACUACGAAUAA